AUGUUGCACAGUGAGUUCGGCUUCGGCGCGAUGAUUCAACUGUGCGCCAUUGAGAGGUACAAAAGCGAGGCGAUCCAAUCACUAAAGCGGGCUCUCUCAAGGGUUUUCAAAUUUGAUGAAGCUUCUCAAAAAAUUGGUUGGCUAAAGUUGGCGAUCGGUGCCUCAAUCGCCGAUGAGGCGAAACUUCAGAUGAAAAACCUCUCUACACGGAUGAAUGAUCGUGAGAAUUGGACUCUUCUCUCACCAGGAGCCAUUUCUUUGUGCUAUUCCCUCUUUGAUACAGCUCAAAACCAAAAGGUGCUCGUGUGUGACGGUCGAGCAGCCAGUGUACCUGAUCUAUGGACCUUGGCUUCGACUCUACUUUCUGAAGCAAUCGGUCGCUCAGGAAACAAUCUCUCGACUCUUUUACUUCCACUCGUUUCCACGAUCGCCAUUCACUCAAAUUCAAUCAAUGUUAGCGCUGCAAUUGUGCUUAUCGAUGUUCUUGUUGAAGUCGUUCACAAUUGCACAAUCGAGGUUUUAAACAAUUACAAGCAAAUCGAGGGGAUUUUUGAUUGGGUUUGUCGAAUGCGUCGUGACAUCGCUGUCUCACUCAUCCGCACCCUUCUACCCAUUAUCAAUCAACGAUCCCAACUACGACAAUCCCUCUUCGCUGCUCUAAAACGAGAUUUGCUGAAUUCAACCUCAGUCGCUUCAGCAGUUCCCCUUCUUCUCUCACUUCUUCAAUCAAUCAGCAAUCGACGGAAUGUCACUUUGUCACAAGGCGGAAUGUCCCAAUCGUUUGCUACUUUUAGCUCACAGAGUCUGGCAAAGAUGGGAUUGACUCGUGGGGUCGAUGAGGCACUCGGGCUCGAGAUUGUCGGUGUUUUGAAACGAUGUCUAGCUCAGCCAGCUCAAACAAGAGCCGCACUUUAUUCUGGGAUCACUGAGGUUGUCCAUCGAAAUAUUCAAAUCAGUGGACCAUGUCUGGAGUUGUUGCUUUCCCAUGCGAACACCCUUCCACAAUGGUCAACAAAGGAAAUGAUUCUCACAUCAAGGACAAUGACAACGGUUCGAGAAGCGUUUCCACAAUUGAUUCAGGCUAUCGAAAGUCUGACUUGUGCCUCGAUUUCCUCAAUUCAAGCCGGCUUCACCCAAUCACACAGUGGCGGUGAUUUGUUGGUGCAAAAAGCGGAGAGUCUUCUCUUGAAAUGGGUCAAUAUUGCUAUAGAAAGGGAUAUUCAUGAAAUGGAGCUCGAUAAAUUAACGGAAUGGACUCCAACAACGCAAGAAGGACGAGGAAAUCUUCUCUUUGCUCAUCAAAUGCUUGCCGUUUACGAUGCGCUGCUUGAGUUUCUCUGGCGACGGAUCAAUUCGGAUAUCGACUCAUCAGAAAUGGAGUUGGAUCGUUUAAUUGGGAUCAUUCGCCAAAGAAAAGAGCUAUUAGAGGUUUUGAACGAAAAAACGAUUCGACAGAAGCAAGAGAAAGCUGUGAAUGGAAAUGGAGUACAAACGGGAAAUGGAGACUCAAAAUUGAUGCCAUUGAAUCUUCAAGAGGUUGAUAUUUAUGUCUCCGGACGUACGAUUUCUCAGCUCUUGGAUCGACUUCUUAAAAUGGACGAAAACGAUAAACUCUGGGAGAUCAAAGGAGAACUUCUCAAUUGGACAAUCAAGAGCUCAUUAAAAUGGAGUGAAGAGCUACGGAAAGGAGAGCUUCCAUUACAUUCAAAUGUUCUCCGGCAUAGCCAUCUCGUCAAUGUUGCUAAACAUUUUCUCGAGAUUUACAUCGGUGACGAGGUUGAUUCACCGGCUUGGACUCAAGAGAUUCCGAUGAUCUCAAAGACAAAAACUGAAGCUCUUGAAGUUUAUUCCAACAUUGUACGAUAUUCUCUUUUGAAGUAUCAAAGGAAAAUCCUUGAAUACGUUGUGCUAAUGUGGAAAGACGAUCGAACUGGUGGUGGUGAAGCUGGGGCGUUGAGUCGGCAUGGAGUUUUUCUAUUAAAUCGACUUUAUUUCGGAUUGGUGAUCGAAGAUGAGAACGCUGAGACACCAAAAAAGCGGGAAAUCGAGUCGGAGAAACAGGCGAAAAUCAUCACAAAGUUAGUGAACUCACUUCUCCUGGCUGCCAAUCGUUCCUCAACGCGAGCCUCGCACAUUUUCGUUAAAACCUAUUGGGAUAUUCUUGAGCAAAAUGAAUUCGCUAGUAUCCAAGUGCUUCGAGAUUCUCUGAAUGCUUUUGCUGACACAUCAUUGCAAGUGCAAGCGAAUGCGGCAAUUACAUCGAUCUACAAAAGGAUCUUGACAAUUGCAGAUGCUUUGUAUUCGAGAUACAUGGGAGAGGAGCCUUCUGAUGAGGACCCAAAAUGCGUGAGCAAAGAAUUUGGCAGCGCAUUCAUUGAAUUUUUAAUUUUAAUACUAGAAAAGAGUAUGCUGGCUAUUAAAGAAGUCGUUUUUCAUAUGUCGGAGUUUGUCGAGAAAGAUCAAUGGGACGAAAUCUUCACUCACAUUGUCACACGUUUAGUCACAUGUACAGAGAUUUUGCAAAAGAUGAUGCAAAUUCACACAGAUGUAGGCGUAGCAAAGGAAAAGAUCUCUACUACAUUGACUAUGUUUUAUGAUGGUUUUGAGAUUUCAAUCAAGUUGUUAUUGGAUAACGCAAAAGUUCUCAAGAAUGAUAUGGGGAAAUGGAAAUCGAUCGAAUCAUUGAGUCGACUUCUGAAAGGAGAGCUUCACACACUCUUGGUGCAUUGCGAUGAGAAUGUGGGCGAGAUCGAGCAGGAAAAGAAGAGUAAAUCGGCAACAAAAAUCACGAAGAUUCGGCGAGAGGAGAAUCUCUACGUGAAGUACACAAGAGCCCGAGAGUCACUCCAAGCAACGAUUCUACGUUUAUCAGUGGCCUUAAACGAUGAUCGACUUGAUUUACAAGUGAAGGUCGAAUUUUCAAGAACUAUAUUAUCUUAUACA